AUGUCGACUGCCACCUCUUCCACUCCCCCUCGCAAGGGCGAGGUCUACUUCCUCUCGCAUGGUGGACCGCCUACCAUGUUUGACACGGCAAGUGCGCCGUACAAGGCCUGGCAGAAGUACGGCAAGAUGGUCGAGGCUGCUCGCCCGCGCGGCCUUGUUGUCGUGUCUGCGCACUGGGAGAACCCCUCGCACUCGGCUGGCGUUGUCGCAGUCAACACGGACGCGUCCAAUCCUCUUGUGUACGACUUCUACGGCUUCCCCAAAAACUAUUAUGAGCAGAAGUUUACUUCGCACGGCGACCCGCAGAUGCUCAAGGACGUGACGGCUGCGCUCAAGUCGUCUGGUAUGGAUGUGAGCACCGCCAAGCGCGGGCUUGACCACGGCGUAUGGGUCCCCUUCCUCGUCGCAUUCGCGGGAAAGACGGACAUCCCAGUCGUGCAGGUGUCUCUGCCAGGCGACUCAGACCCCGUGUCAGCGGCCAAGCUCGGCAAGGCGCUCGCAUCUCUGCGCGACGAGGGCUAUGGUAUCAUGGGCUCGGGCCAGGCAGUGCACAAUCUGCGCGAUUACAUGACGGGCGGCAGAGGGUCGUAUGGCGAUGCGUUCCUGCAAGCGAUCGGGAGUGCACUGCACUCGGACUCACCCACGGAUGGAGCGAUCGGUCUCUUCCGCCACCCAGCCUAUCGGCAGGCACACCCCACACCCGAGCACCUGCUUCCUCUUGUGGUCGCGGCCGCCGCAGCCGACCCAAAGACGGACGCGCUGCAAGACAUCUUCGUUCAACCGAACGGGCCGCUCGGAUGGGGAAUGUGGACUUGGAAGCCUAAGGCCGCACUGUGA